AUGGCUAAAGAAAAUGAACUGGUUUUGUUCGGUGGUGAAAAAGGCUGGAAAGCUUCGGAUUGGACGGAUAGUGAUGACCGAUCUUACCUUACCAUUACUGGAUCAUCAGCACGUUUCCAUGGCAAUCUCGACAUCACCGCCCUUGGCGGUGCCGGCUUUGCCAGUCAACGCACUACCGGAGAGGAUCAUACCUGGGACCUCUCUGCUUACGACGGCAUCUAUCUCGAUAUCGGAAAGCACGACGGCAAGAAGUACACGCUGACCCUCAAGGACGAGAUUCUUCCCCUUAUGCCAGAUGGACGAGAACAGUCGACUAUCAGUUACGAGUAUGACUUUGAAUCACAGAGCGAACUUGGUCUGUUUGUGCCGUGGCGUGCAAUGAAGCCCACGUAUCGUGGUAAAGAGAAGAAUGAUGCGAAGCCAUUGGAUCUGAAGAAUGUCAAGCGGUUUAGCAUCAUGAUGAGAAGUUUCUUCGGUACUCAGGAAGGCGAUUUCUCGCUCACUAUCAGUUCGGUCAAAGCUGUUGCACAACCAGACGAUAUCGAGAAAGGCAUCAUCGGCAGUGAAAAGGGCACGGGUGUGCAAGAGCCUUGGUCCUGGAAGAACUCAAAUAUCGUUGGUUUAGCAGUCAUUUUGGGUUCGACAUGGGCUAUCUCAUGGGGAUAUUGCUGGUGGAAAGGGUAUGAUAUGGGUAUUAUGAGGUUCGGAAGGUGGUGGUCUGUCGUGAAGGAUUGA